UCCUUCACUUUGGCCAUGGACCAGCCCGGCAGGAGCAAGCCCAGGUUGGGGCCACCUCUUCCACCCCCUAGAUGCGCAGACCCCCCAGCUUGGAGGAAAGAUGCCCCCCAGCCAUCUCCUCUGUCUGUCCCAGGGACCUGGAGACACAGGGAGGAGGAGGAAAAGGAGGAGGAUGAAUAUGAGCUGCCCCCCUGUGAGGCUCUGCCCUUCCGCCGAGCCCCCGCCCACCUUCCUGGCACUGAGGACUCUUUGUACUUGGAUCACUCUGGCCCCCUGGGUCCUCCCACGUCACCACCACCACCACCACCACAGCCUCAGCCCGGGAUGGUGAACAGCCUCCCCGCCCGCCCCACCCCAGGCUGCCAUUUCCCAGCCACAGCCUUGUGCCCACAGCCCAAGGCAGUCACGAGCCUGCAGGAAGCCCUGAAGCAGGGCUGGCCCUUUGGAAAGCGAGAGCUGGGUGCACCGGCCCGAGGGGUGCCAGGCCCUGCAAAGAAGCCGGAAGAGGACAUCUACCUGGAGUGUGAGCCCAGUCCAGCCUUCACUCAGACUCUGAGCUCCCAAGUCCCCACAUCCCUAGUUCCUCUGCCAAGGACAUCAGAGGGGCCCAGGCCCACUGCAGCCCCCCAGGAAGCUCAGAAUGGAGCAUCGAAUGUCACCUCCAGAGGAAGAUCCUCUCUUUCCUCUGUAGCUGCCACCCAGAACACCUCGGCUGCUGAGGGACAGGAAGGCGGUCUGCUGGGCCAACCUUGGUAUGCAGGGAACUGUGACCGCCAUGCUGUUGAGAGUGCCCUGCUCCGACUCCAAAAGGAUGGGGCCUACACCAUACGCCCCAGCUCAGGCCCUCAUGGCUCCCAGCCCUUCACUCUGGCAGUGCUUCUCCAUGGCCGGGUCUUCAACAUUCCCAUCCGGCAGCUGGACGGCGGGCGCCACUAUGCCCUGGGCCGGGAGGGCAGGAACCACGAGGAGCUCUUCUCCUCCGUGGUCGCCAUGGUCCAGCACUACGUGCAGCAUCCCCUGCCGCUCGUGGACCGACACAGCGGCAGCCGGCAGCUCACCUGCCUGCUCUUCCCCACCAAGCCCUGACGUCACUGCGCAUGUGCAGGCCCACUGCUGGCCCCCAGUUUGUUCCGCCGGCUGUCCUCUCCCAGGUCACCAUCCCUCCAGCGCCCUCAUCCCGUGCCCCAGUCCCUGCAGGCUCCCCUGAAAGGCGUUGGGAAAGGUGCCCCAGAGACAGAAAGGGUCUGCGAGACUCCACGCCAUUCUCACCCAGAGCCUGGCCCUGCCACUCGCUCCUGCAUCUCCUGGGAAGCAGGGGACAGGCAGGGCCCCAUUUUCAGCCCCAGGCGUGGCCCCCCAAGCUGCUCUGCAUGAAGACCUGUUUGGGGAAGCCGAUCCUCAGGGGGACUGCAUGGGAACUGCUUGGCUGCGAAGCGGAUCCUCUCACAUUCCAUAAGGGGUGUAACACAGGGCUGGCAUCUACCCUCGAGGCACUUGGUCACUCUGCCCGUAGUUUGCUUUCAAUAAAUAUUUGUCAAAUGA